UCUGUCUACGAACUUUUCUGUGCUAAAUGUCAUUGCGUCUUUGAGAUCGUGAAUGUGAGUCGUAAUUUUUUUAUGAACUUAUGAAUCCUGCCAAGUUAUAAGCUAAAGGAGAAGCUAAUUAUAAGAGAACAUAAUGUUUAUUUGUUGCAACGAAACCGUAUAGCGAUAAAUGUCCUCUAUAUAUAUUGAAUCUACAAAGAAAAGUGUCGAAAUGGAUAUUGCGUCCAAUAGUCAGUCUGAAUCUCAAAAAGCGGGGGAAAAUGCUGAUAAAAAUAAAAACAAACAACCUGGCGAGUCACAGGGGCAUUGUUACUGUGGCAAAGAUCGGAAUCUCAAUAUAGUGGAGUUGUUAUGUGCUUCGUGCAACCGAUGGUACCAUGAGUCGUGUAUUGGUUACCAGCUGGGUAAGCUGGUGCCCUUCAUGACCAAUUAUCUGUUCAUAUGCAAGAACUGUUCUCAAACUGGCCUGGAGACAUUUAAGAAGAACCAAGCUCCGUUUCCCCAGAUGUGCCUCACAGCUAUAGCAAACUUAAAACAGGAAAGCUGCAAAGAAGGCAGCAGCAAAAACUUGUUCAGCAAAGAUAGAGACAUCAUCCCUUAUAUCGAUCAGUAUUGGGAGGCUAUGACUACUAUGCCUCGAAGGGUGACCCAAUCCUGGUACGCAACGGUCCAGCGUGCUCUAAUCAAAGACAUCCACGUACUGUUCACAUAUGAGGAAGACUCCAAUCAUGGACCAAUGUUUGGACUAUGCAACACUGAGCUAACAUGCAUCAAACCCAACUACGAAGCCAUGAUCAAGCAGGGACAACUCAAGGUCACUGAUAUGGGAAUAGCCACUGUCCCACUAAGUGGCAACGUAAAGGGGCGGCAAGGCAAGCGCCGCCCAGCUGUGGGCGUGGAGACUAGUGCGCCGGUCGGCAAGAAGGGUCGCUCUGCAGACCUAGGCGCAUUAAAACUCCCUUCGCACGGCUAUCCCACCGAGCACCCUUUUAACAAGGACGGGUAUCGGUACAUACUGGCUGAGCCGGACCCUCAUGCACCAUUUCGACAGGAGUUCGACGAGAGCAACGAAUGGAGCGGCAAGCCGAUCCCGGGCUGGCUUUACCGAUCGUUGUGCCCCGGGAUAGUGCUACUCGCUCUUCACGACCGCGCUCCUCAGCUGAAGAUCGCGGAGGAUAGACUCGCGGUCACCGGGGAGAAAGGAUACUGUAUGGUGCGAGCUACGCAUGGGGUAUCCCGAGGCACGUGGUACUGGGAGGCCACGGUUGAGGAGAUGCCGGAAGGCGCGGCGACACGCUUGGGCUGGGGCCGGCGUUACGCAAACCUUCAAGCCCCUCUAGGCUACGAUAAAUUUGGCUACUCCUGGCGCAGUCGGAAAGGCACUAGGUUCCACGAGUCCCGAGGCAAGCACUACAGUCCGGGCUACGGUGAAGGCGACACACUGGGCUUCCUCGUGGUGUUGCCGGACAGUGUCAACACAAAAUUCACACCCAGCACCUACAAAGACCGGCCUCUGGUGAAGUUCAAGAGCCACCUGUACUACGAGGACAAGGACAACAUCCAGGAGUCGCUCAACAACCUCAAGCUGCUGCCAGGCAGCCAGAUUCUGUUCUUCAAGAACGGCGUUUGCCAGGGCACCGCCUUUGCGGACAUCUACCAAGGCUGCUACUACCCCACUGUGUCUCUGCACAGGAACAGUACUGUCAGCGUCAACUUCGGCCCCAAUUUCAAGUUCCCGCCAUCACAGGAGUACAAUUAUCGACCGAUGUCUGAGAAGGCCGAGGAGGCUAUCUGCGAGCAGACGAUGGCGGAUCUACUGUUCCUAUCCGAGAACGAGGGAAAGUUGCGUUUGGACACGUUCAACCUCUGAUACAACUAACACCGUGCGCCGGUGUCUAAACAUGUGUGGACUGUCGCGAACUGUGUGUUGUGCGCUCUUGUGAAUAGAUUUUGAAAUACUUAAAUACAUAGCUCAUUACACAAGGAUAACAUUUAAAUAUAGUAAAUAAAUAAAUAAAUAUACUACGACAGUACACAUGUCGCCAUUAAGCCCCAAGCAAAACUUUCAUGUUCGUCGCAGAACAAAAUUCCGGUCGUGGGAAUCGAAACCACGGCCUCAGAAAGCAGGGUAGCUGUCCACUGCGCCAAUCGGCCGUAUAAAAUACAGGAACAACAAUAAAAGUGCAGGACAAAAUAAAAACAAUUUUCUAGCAAGAGGCGAAAGACUUGGGCAAUGUUAGUGAUCUACUUUUACGAACGGAGCCAGUAAGAGAGUUGAGAGGCAGAUCGCAAUAAUACAAAUAUAUACUCAUAAAUAUGUAAAAUAAAAAAAAGCAUGUAACAGCAAGAAAAAAAAAUUUUUACUUAGAAAGUAAGAUAUUUCUAGUUAGAAGGAAAGGAAACAUUAAUUGCUACCUGGAACCCGUUGCUAACUGGAACCCUUUGCUAACUGGAACCCUUUGCUAACUGGAACCGGUUGCUAACUGGAACCCGUUGCUAACUGGAACCCGUUGCUAACUGGAACCCUUUGUUAACUGGAACCCGUUGCUAACUGGGUACUCUCAAAGUUUUAUUUAAAACAAAUUAACACUGUUUAUUGUAUUCCAAAAUUUAUUUAGAAAUUUCCUGCAAGUGUUAACAAAAACACUUAAUUUUGCAUUUAAUGCAUUAUAAUUUAAAAGGAAAUGAAAAAAAAAACAAUGUGUCGAAACUUGAAAUCACCAGAUAUUUAACUGCAUGUGAAUGUUUUCGAGAUGAUUUUUUUUUAUUAAAUAUGCAUUGAAUAAUAAUUUAAAAUCUAUAUGUGAAUAUGAAUGA